AUGCGUGACUACAACACAAGUAUCAUACUAGCACUCAGCACUGGUAGGCGUCCUGGCCGUGCCGUCGGAUAUCAUGGGGCGGCUUACCCACUCCCAUUCAUUUCUCCUAAGCCCCCCCCCCGCAGCAGCGGUCCAGUUUACAUUCUGAUUUUAAAAAAGGCUUUGUGGAUCGGACGUGCUCGGGGAUAGUUUGGAAAUUUGUGUGUGGGGGGGGAGGUAGUGCAAACAGGGUUUUGUCAUACAAAUGAUGGGAAAAUUGUUUGUUUCCGUGGGAGUGCUGAUUGGAGAUUCUUGACAGGUUGUUAUCGGUAUGUUGUCCGUUAGUGCUUGGCUACUGGUUUUGGGGUGGGCUUUCUGGCAGUGCGGCGAUCGGGCGGACGAGCGGGCGGGGGUUUUCGGAGCCAGAGGCUAAAAUUGCGGUCACGGGUACGAUAACAGGGAUGGUGCCAGGGGGCGCAACAAGUGCUUGAGAGUCCCGAAUGUCUUCGAUACACUUUUCGGCAAGGAUUUGGGGCAGAGAAGGUGUACGAAGAAUCACCAUACCGUGCCAUGCUCGCACCAUGAGUGGCACUGUUUUCUUGAACCUCCUUGGCUGGUCCAUCGCACGUUCUUAUACGAGUUUGUUCCUGUGGUGGUGUUAUCGUGGCCUGGUUGUGCCCACUACAGCGAGGGUAUGCUAAAUCUUCCGGCACCGCACAGCACUCGUUAUCUGCUACUAGCUUGGUGGAGUGGAGUGGAUCGGACUACCGGUGGCUAACUGGAAAUUCUCAAAUUUCGAAUGCCCCAGCCCGAGUCUCUCAUGCCAUUAUCUCGCUUCGCUACUAUCGGUCUUAUGAUACCGCGCGGAAUACGGUACUCGUACCAUCCCCCCUCCUUACAAACCCGGAGCUAGUCUACGAACGAGUAUUCCUGGAAAUACUUUGAUAUUGUGCCAUGAGAGUGCAUAAUACCGUCACCAAAGCUACAAUAGUCAGGUUGGAAAUACCCGUUUC